AUGGCCGUCGUCGUCGUCGGCAGCGCCAACGUCGACCUCGUGACCUGCGCGCCGCGCUUCGCGAGGCCCGGCGAGACCCUGCUGGGCUCGCGCUUCGAGCAGCUCUUCGGCGGCAAGGGCGCGAACCAGGCCGUCGCCGCGGCGCUUCUGGGGAGCCGCGUGUCCAUGGUCGCCAAGGUCGGCGCGGACUCCCUGGGCGCGUCGACGCUGGGCAACUUCGCGUCCUUUGGCGUCGACGCCGCGCACGUCGCCCAAACGAAGAGCGCCGCGUCCGGCAUCGCGCACAUCGUCGUCGACGGCGCCGGCGAGAACCAGAUCAUCAUCGUCGCCGGCGCCAACGGCGAGCUCGCGCCGGCGGACGUCGACGACGCGGACGCGGCCAUCGCGGGCGCCAGGGUCGUGCUCACGCAGCUCGAGGUGCCGCUCGCGACGACGAUGCGCGCGCUGGAGCGCGGGCGACACGCGGGCGCGUUGACGGUCUUCAACGCGGCGCCGGCGCCGACGGAGCCGCUGCCCGACGCGCUCUUCGCAUUGUGCGACGUCGUGUGCCCCAACGAGACGGAGACGGCCAUCCUGACGGGUCUGGAGACGAGCACGGACGAGGAAUGCGUCGUCGCGGCCCGGGCGAUUCUCGCCAAGGGCGCGAAGAACGUCGUGUUAACCCUGGGCGCGCGGGGCUGCUGCCUCGUGCGCGCCGGCGAGACCGUGUGGGUGCCCGUGCCCGCGGGCUUCGAGGCCGCGGCCGUCGCGGACACGACCGGCGCGGGCGACGCGUUCCUCGGCGCGCUCGCGCACGGCGUCGCGGCGGGCGCGUCGCUGGCCGACGCGCUCCCGGGCGCCGUCGCCGUGGCGUCGCGGUCCGUGCUGAAGCGCGGCGCCCAGGCGUCGUACCCGGCCCUGGACGAGCUCCCGGCG